AUGGCAAAAUAUGGGUCACAGAUAACCCCUCUUCAUCCCAGAAACCUAAGGUAUAAGAACCGAAAACCUUUAGUUUUAGGAGAGACUUAUUUUCGAACCUUCUGCGUGUCGGUUUCCGCGAACGUUAGUUGUAUCCAGAGUGUAUUUUUUGAAACGUCCGAAAUAUACUUGUUGUUGUGUAUCGGUGUAAUACGUUUCUCACCCGGAUCCCAACACGUGUAUGGUGAGGAACCCACGUGCAAUGGUACAUCGAAGAUCGUUCAAGAGUUACAACAAACUGAUACGAGUCAAAGAAUUAAAAUUCACCCGUUUGCUAUGUUUCGCGAAACAAGUUGCCAGCAAAGCUAGUGUUAGAAAAUCCCAGUGACCCACCCUAACAAAGCAGGGACGACGGGCACAUGGCCGUCCUACGACGACCAUCGCGGGGUAGAGGCUUGACGUCCGGGCCAUAAAACAACCCUAGGGCCUCAAGUUUCGCGGGGACUAGGAAACCUCGCGGAACGGGAAGAGGGCAUUCGUUUAGAGACCUUUGGAAAAGGCGUUCGUCCACAGACCUUGGAAAGGCAUCCUUCUCUUGAGGACGCUAUUUCGCCCACGGAUUCGGCAUAUAUUUAAAAUAUAUAGUAUUUUGAAACCGAACUCAGUUAGCGUUUCAAGCAUUUUUCUAC